AUGAAAUGCCAAGACCUAAUACGUCUUUGUGAUACCGGAGCCAUUCCAAAAAGAUUUCACGAAGAAUAUCAUAAACUUCCGAACGACUCUAACGUGCGUGAGACUUUAAAUGAAACCAACUAUGAAGAAGAAGACGAUGAAAAGGAAGAUUUGAGAAUAGAGGAAGUAGGAUCAGGAACACCGCUCUGUGAUAGACACAAAUUCUUUGAUCUGAUGGAAAGUAAGAUUUCAAGAAACAGAGCUCUCAUAUGUCACAGUUGCUGGGUGAGAGCUGAUAGAAACGCCCAUCAUUUUGUAUCUGCGCCUUCUGGAUCCUCAACAUCAGUAUAUGAAACAAGUGAACAAGAGGAAUUGACUUUGCAGUCUACUCCACAGGCUACUUUGCAGUCUACUUCACAGGAUACUUUGCAGUCUACUUCACAGGAUACUUUGCAGUCUACUUCACAGGUUCGUUCACAGGAUACUUUGCAGUCUACUUCACAGGCUACUUUGCAGUCUACUUCACAGGAUACUUUGCAGUCUACUUCACAGGCUACUUUGCAGUCUACUUCACAGGCUACUUUGCAGUCUACUUCACAGGCUACUUUGCAGUCUACUUCACAGGAUACUUUGCAGUCUACUUCACAGGAUACUUUGCACUCUACUUCACAGGCUACUUCAGAAGCUACACCCAGGCUGAGUGAAGCUAUAGUGUUACCUGACUAUGUAAGAGCAGUAGAAACUGAAUCUCGCUGUUUUAUUGAAGGUUGUCGGAGACAAGAGAGGAAUAGAGUUCCUGUUACAACUAGGAAAAUGUUGUUAGAUGUCUAUAAUUUCUAUAUCCCUAAAAACAAUAGAUUAUGCAACCACCACAUUAAUACGCAAUCUUGGGAUUUUCUCACUGGAGCUUUAGAAAAUUAUGUUAAUGUGUUUACAGCAUUGCAUAUUCAAAACAUGCUAGAAUUUAAAAGUCACUCAAAUGUUGGCCUUGAUUUUAUCAAUAUUCUUAAUAUGGAAGACCGUUUAGUGCAUCAUUGGUUAGGCUUUACGAAAGAGCAGUAUCAAAGGAUUUUAGAUGAAGUGCCACAAUUGCUGCAAAAGUCAUCGGGCCCUAUUGGGUUAACAGCAUAUUUGAUAUAG